CGACGCGCCCUUCCGGUCGACUACAGUCCGCAAUAGCACUGGUGUUAAGAAUAUCCUGGCUACCCCUCAUCUGUGCCGCUUGACCGUCGUACGCCAUGAUGGCCAGAGCAGCCUCACCUCCUGAUACCAUCGAAGAGCCUCCCACCAAGAAAAUCAAGAGAGACAGCACCAACGAGCAUGCGGACCCCGAUGAGCUCGACGAAUUGGACAACAUACCGGCCGAGGACUCUUCUUUGAAAGCUUCGGAUCUGUACCUUGACACUAUUAACCGAGCCGCGCUCGAUUUCGACUUCGAGAAAGUUUGCUCGGUGUCAACAUCCAAUGUUAACGUGUACGGAUGCCUUAUUUGCGGAAAAUACUAUCAGGGGCGUGGUCGUAAGUCGCCUGCCUAUGCCCAUUCGAUCCAUGAGGAUCACCAUGUCUUCAUCAAUCUCGAGACCACCAAGGUCUAUGUGCUUCCAGACGGUUACCCAGUGAACGAUCCGUCCUUGGAAGACAUUGCAUUCGUUCUCGCUCCUUCAUUCACAACAGCAUCCUUGCCCCAGGCCUCAUCUCCGCUCUAUACUUCCAAGCCUUCGUAUGAUCUAUCCUCCAAGCCGUACCUCCCGGGUUUCAUCGGCCUUAACAAUAUCAAGAAGCACGAUCACAUGAAUGUGGUUAUUCAGUCCCUUCUCCACGUACCUCCUUUGCGCGACUAUCUCCUUCUCUCGCGUUUCGCUGGGAAGGAACCCGAACUUCUGAAACGGUUUGCUGCUUUGACUAAGAAACUCUGGAAUCCGCGUCUCUUCAAGAGUCAGGUCAGCCCCCACGAGUUCCUGCAGGAGGUCGGCCGAGCGAGCGCGGGGAAGUUCCGACUAGAGAAACAGGGUGAUCCUGUGGACUUCCUCAGUUGGCUGCUGAACCAACUCCAUAAGGAUACAGGUGGCAGUAAAAAGGCGAACUCCAGCAUAAUCUUUUCUUGUUUCCAAGGUCAGCUGCGAAUGGAGACCCAACAAAUCGUUGUGCGACCGGACGCCGGACUGAACGAGAAACCCCGAUUUGACAUCGACCGAGAGACGAAAACCACCAUCUCCCCAUUCCUCUUCCUGGCCGUCGAUUUGCCUCCGCCACCUCUCUUUCAAGACGCGGUGGAGAAGAAUAUCAUACCACAAGUCACUAUCCAAAGCGUCUUGGCGAAAUACGAUGGGAAAACAACCUUGGAAAAUGUCGCAAGAGGGCAACUACAACGGUUUAAAUGCCUGAGACUGCCGCAGUACAUCAUAUUGCAUUACAAACGGUUCACGAAGAACAACUUCGUGGAAGAAAAGAACCCGACCAUAGUGAACUUCCCGCUGCGAGGCCUUGACUUCGGCGAAUAUCUGAAUGCUCCGUCUUCACAUCCGCCGACGAUGUAUGACCUCUUAGCUAACGUCACGCAUGAGUCAGUUGCCGGAACAACUCGUGAUAAGGAGAACACCGUCUGGAAAGUACAUGUCCGAGCGGGAAGUGGCGAGGGUGAGAAAUGGUUUAUGAUACAAGAUCUGAUCGUCGAAGAGACCCGUAAGGAGAUGAUCUUCCUAGGAGAGACCGUGUUACAGAUAUGGGAGCGCCGGGCCACGACCGGUGAUGAGAGACAUCGACGCAUGGAAGUAGACAGAUGACAUUUCGGUGCUAUGUACCUAAUUUCUACGCCCGGGAUGUGACUGGUCAUGACGGCAAGCAAUUGGAGAGAUUUCUCGAAUCUGUCAUCGUUUCGCGGCGACGUCUAAACCUCGUCCAUGCUGUUACUUGGUUGUCGUGUCCGUUAGAGAUGGAGUGGAAUGAAAAGAUUGCAUCACGCAAGAGCUUUGUCAUUCCGCAACUGCGAUGGUCUGGGCGCGAAUAUUCUCAGGGAUUGGCACCAGCAGAAGGGCGUGAGUGCUGUUGGUCGUUGGGUAUCGUGAUCUUUCCGUCGGACGUGAGUGCUCCCCUUUCUCGUGUCUUCGCAAGUGACGCAACGGCAGAAUCCCUUCGCUGUUCCUGACCACCGUCGAUCCCAAGGUCCGGUGGGUGGGGCUGCACAAGCGGCUUGAAUAUAUACACGCCGGAUAUAACGCCUGCGAUUCAUCACGGAUUCAAGCUCGCAACAACCGCAGCAGUUCAUCAGUAUUACCUGUUAACGCCGCGAUAAAGUAUGGUAGGAGAGGGCGCCGAG